CUAGGGCAGUACACGCCCGCCCCAGCAUCAGCAUCAAACGAGUUUUCGCCCACCCUGUACUCGGUCGAGGAGGCAAAGCCGGCGGCGCCUGUGCAGCGUGCGAGCUCAUCGUCGGCCUCGAACAGGCGCGUGGACCACCCAGAGGACCACUACCCGCUGCAGCCCAAUCUGCUCCGCCAGCAGCCGCCCUACUCGGCCGAGUCGCUGUUGAGGCAUCUGCCAUUGUCAGGGCGCUCGUCGGGCGACAGCCGCUUCCGCAAAGCGUCGUCAGAGUGCUCAAGCUCCGCGGGCUGCUCGCUGCCGCCAAUCUUUGGUUAGGUGCCCACGGGGAGCACAGCGGGCAUGCUCAGCAACGACUCGGCGGUUGCGGAGGGCUCGGAGGAUGCCUGCACAGAGCUUAAGCCCUCUCUCGAAGCGCAGACUGAAUCAAUUGUCUACACCAUCCAGAGCGUGCUGUCCGGCGUCCGCUCGCCGACACCCUCACCGAUGCCCUCGCCGACUGUCAACGAGAACCUCACGCAGACUAUCACGAUUGUGUCCAGCAUUGUCGCCGUCUGCCACGACAACCUUCCGCCCGCGUCGGCGCAGCAGGGGAACGACAUCCUGCGCGAGCUCAGCAACCACGCGAACAAGCUCAGCAAGGUCCAGGCCAUGCGCGACACUCCUACGACGCAACCUCGGACAGGGUUGACUCCGCGUGGCGGCAUUUUCGACGUCGAGUUCGGAAGCCAUUAUCCCUAUCCCAUCUCUAUGCCCAUGCUCAUCUCUCCAUCUGUCUUCUCGUUGUCCAUCUGGAAGCCACGCUCGCUGUCGGCCUACCGCUGA